AACAAAUCCAUCUCUCACCACCACCAACGAAUUUUCAGCGCGUACACUUACAGAACCACAUACUUACACAGCUUCCCAUCAUGCCUCACAAGCGCGCCAAGAGAUCUGUUAGGGAGGCGGAGACAGCCAAAAAAGGCAAAAACCUUCCCCCAUCGUCUGACGGAAACCCCUACGACGACACACCCCGCUCAGCAGCGCGUAUCCUCAAUUCAUUUGCUGUUCAACAAAAGUUUCACGAAUCCGGUCGAAAAACCAGUGAAGACACUGGUACUCCACGGAAUUCCGCCACUCCCGGGGUGAAUGGGAAGGGUAAAGGGAAAGAAAAAGAGGGUCUUCCCAAAAUAUUACCGCAAGAGACUCUUGCCGAAUACAAUCGCCGUAUCGAAUCGCUCCUCCGUCCAUCUGUAUCACAAGCCAUCCAAAAAGCCGAAUCCAUCCGGGCCGCUGAAGCUGCAGACUUGAAACGAACAAAGAAGGAGAAUAAGAGACGAGCAAGAUUGGAAAAGCUUGUGAAGGAGGGCAAAGUGGAUAAGAAGGUUUUGGAAGAUUUUGAGAAGGGUGUGAAGGAGAAAAAGCGCAAGAGGGAGAUGGGAGAUGAAGGGGAUAGUGAAGAGGAAAAAGAUGAGGAGGAAGCGGGAGCCAAGUCCAAGCAGGCGAAGGAGACAAAGACGUUUGCACCGAUGCCUCAGCCUAGAAGACUGAACGAUAUCGUCCAGGCGCCACCGACGUUACCUACGCUGCGCAAAGCAAAGGACCAGAAGGAGGGUAAAGGUGUAUAUGGAGCUGUGGGCAAUGGCGGCAAAAUGCCUCUGAAUGCUGGACAAAAGAGGAUUCUCGAAGAAGAGAGAGAACGGGUUGUCAGGAUGUACCGCGAGAUGAAGGCUGCCAGGGAAGCAAAGAACAAGAAAUAGAUAAUGAAAUGUAGAUCUCAGCCUUGUGCCUGUACAUGUACCAUAUACGCAUUUUAUCUUGGAUUGCGUUUGAGCCAUGGCAUUCAUCUGAUAACAGUUACAAACCCCUCCCAUACCGUGCCUGCUCCAUCCCUCAAAAGUCCUCUCUCGGCACUUUUUUUGAUUUACUCGAGCUCCUCAAGGUCGCUCUUCUUCACCUCAGCCUCAUCAAAGUUGUCCACCAAAUCAGGGAU